CUGGGGUGCCAGCCUUCUUUCUUGUCUCAGUCUGACCUAUGAAACCUCAAAGUUCAAACUUGGCGUUGCUGCUCCUGUUUUAGUUUGAAGGCGCACUCUCAAGAAGAGAAAAUGCUCCAGAAAUUCGGGAGUUAAAUCUAAAAAUAAAAAAUGAAGAAAAAGCUUGAAAGCAAUAAAAACGUCAUUAACUUAGAAAAAGAGAACAAUGAUUUUCAGUGAGAGAGGAGAAGAAGCCCUUUCAAUGAAUUCGAAUUUGUGAUUUUUAAUAAGAGGAAUUCGAAUUCUUGAUUUUUAGUCGGAAAAUGUCUUGAGAUCUAUCAGCUUGUCACUUAUAUGAGUACGAAAAAUUUAUUUGAGAAAAGUAUCAUCGUAAAUGAAAAUCGACACUUAAAACUAAUUUGAAUGUUGGUAGUGCUCUAAACUAAUUCCCAAACGAACUUUUCAAUCACCGUUCAAGCAAGUCCAGUGCAAGUAGAAAUUAAUUUCUCUUUUAUGGAUACUAAAUUCCGAAACCCCACGCAUUGAAACUAUCUCCAAUUCCAAACCCUUCUGUAGAAACAAAGUAAGUAGUAGGCAGAGAGAAGUAAUUAGUUUACAGAGAUGACGACUCAAGAAGAUGUGGGGAUGAAACAUAAUCAAACUCCUUCUCCUUCUCCUUCUGUUCCCUUAGCUCUUCCUUCCACGCUACAUCAUUUGAAGGAAAUAGCUUCGCUAAUCGUCACCGCUUCCUAUUCUAAGGAGGUUCGCCCAAUGUUUCGCGCCGUUCGCCUGACAGUUGGAAUUAGGCGGAAACUGACGGCUCCGCUGCUCUCUGCAUUUAUCGAUUUUGCUCUCCUUCCCGCUUCUGAUGUUCAUAACCGUCUAUCUGCUUAUCUUCCUAAGGAAAAUGAGCAUGAUAUGGAAGUUGAUAGUGCAACCUCUGCAACCCGAACUCCACCAAAACACACGCUUCCAGAGCUUGAGAUUUACUGUUACUUGCUUGUGCUACUCUUUCUGAUUGAUCGUAAGAAGUACAAUGAGGCUAAAGCCUGUUCUUCAGCAAGCAUUGCUCGGAUCAAAAACCUGAACAGAAGAACUGUCUAUGUUCUAGCAUCUAGACUCUACUUCUAUUACUCGUAUAUCUAUGAACUCACGGGCAAUCUUGCUGACAUUCGUGGUGACCUCCUUGCGUUGCAUCGAAUUGCCACAUUGCGCCAUGAUGAGUUGGGUCAGGAAACACUUCUGAACUUGUUGCUUCGAAAUUACCUCCACUAUAAUCUAUAUGAUCAGGCAGAGAAACUGAGGUCUAAGGCACCACGAUUUGAAGCACACUCAAAUCAGCAGUUUUGCAGGUAUCUAUUUUACCUUGGAAAUAUUCGGACAAUUCAGUUGGAGUAUACCAAUGCUAAAGAGAGUCUCUUGCAGGCAUCUCGCAAAGCUCCUGUAGCCGCCCGUGGCUUCCGAAUUCAAUGUAACAAAUGGGCUAUACUGGUUCGUUUACUGUUAGGGGAAAUACCUGAGAGGACAACUUUUAUGCAAAAAGGAAUGGAAAGGGCAUUGAGGCCAUACUUUGAGCUUACAAAUGCUGUAUGGAUUGGUGACUUGGAGCUGUUUAGGACUGUCGCAGAAAAGUUUGCUGAAACUUUCAAUACUGAUAGAACACACAAUUUAAUUGUUCGGCUGCGCCACAAUGUCAUUAGGACUGGGUUACGAAACAUCAGCAUUUCAUAUUCCUGCAUCUCCCUUGCUGAUGUUGCUAAAAAGUUGAGGUUGGACUCUGCUAGCCCAGUUGCAGAUGCUGAAAGCAUUGUAGCGAAGGCUAUCCGAGAUGGUGCAAUUGAUGCCACAUUGGAUCAUGUGAAUGGGUGGAUGGUGUCAAAGGAGACUGGAGAUAUUUACUCUACAAAUGAGCCACAAAUUGCUUUUAACUCCAGGAUUGCUUUCUGUCUUAACAUGCAUAAUGAGGCAGUCCGGGCUCUGCGAUUCCCACCAAAUACACACAAGGAGAAGGAGAGUGCUGAGAAGAGGAGAGAGCGGCAACAGCAGGAGCAAGAACUUGCAAAACAUAUUGCAGAGGAAGAAGAUGAUGAUUUUUAGUAAUGGUGCUUCAUUUUUCUAACUAUGUAGUUUGUGCGUGUUUUCUUCUUAAAUUUUUCCCCAUAUCAAAGCUUGCAAGUUCGAGUUGUUUCAGUGCGGUCUAAUUGAAAGAACUAUGGAAUCACUGGUUGGGUUUUAUUUCUCUUUUAUUGCCGCAGUGGCUAUUCACCUGGUCUUUCACCGAGUGAGUCGAGUAUGGAUGAGUUUCAGGUUUACAGACGCUUUCCAAUGAACAAAUGGAAGAGAAGUGGGCCUCUUGAAGUCUUGAGAGGAUGCGGUUUGGGGCGUCGUAGAGAGGCACCGAGUUUCUGUUUCAUUGCUCGCAUCUCAGGGCAUGUAGAAUAGCAAUAAUGUUAAAAUAUUGGAGAUCCGUAUCCAACCGCUUCUCACCUUUAGGAGAUAUUUUCCUCACGAUUCCAUCCUUUGCAUAGGAAAAGGAUAAAAAAGAGAAGCAAAAAGAAGAGAAAAGGAAGAUAAUGCCGGCUUGGUUUUUGGUUUUACCUGUAAUUGGCCAGGAUAUUUAUGUAUACCACUGGCGGAAGAUCUGAAUUUAUGAAAGCUGCAUGUGCUAGAUUGAUGCCUUAACCAGUAAGAACUAUAAUAACCUUGAACUCCGAGGCAAAAGAUCUUUCGAUGCACUACGCGAGCUAAGCUAAAACACUGUAGAACAGAGGUUUUUGUUUCUUUAUCCCAUAUUAAGAAAGAACGAAUACCGAGAGAUCCCGAAUUUUAAUCUGCCC